UCUGAUGGAAAGGUUUUGAGAGGUCUGUGUUUAAGUGUGCUUCUGAUAAGGUUUUAUCGCAGCUGUACAGCAGAAAAAGUGGAUGCUGUCAGUUUUAUUGACUUUUAAAGCCAUUAAUGAUGACUUCUCAGAAAGCUGUGUUAUAAAUUCACUGAGUGCUUCAAUUUGUGUAGUAUAAAUUUCAAGGUAAUAUUAAAAAAAAAUAGGCUCACAUUGCUUCUGGGGUGAAGGGGGAGAAAGGGCAGUGAGGACAAAUGUCUGUUCAAAAUUCAAUGAAAGGUUUCAGAGAAUGUAACAAAAACUAUUCUAGCCGUGUCUCUGGAAGCUAGAUACCACCUGUUCUACAUCAUGUUUGAAAUUUCUACCAGGUGUUUGUGUCUGCCAGGCAACAUCACAGGUGCAAAUUAGUCCAAAUUACCCACAAGCACAAGGUUUUUAAAAGCCUAUUUGCAUACGUGCAGUGAAAGGGCUUUUGAAUUCAGUAGCUGUGGCCUCUGAGGUGUUUGUCAUAAGUUCUGAUCCGUGUGAUGGACUCAUCUUUAUGUUUCCUGAUCCCAACCUGAAUAUAAAGAGCAGGGAUUCAACAGAACCAAGACAACUCCGACGUUAUGGUCUUCAUCUGCAUUGCUGGGAUAUGAAGAGAGCAAGGAACACAGCAGUGAAGUGGAAUCUCCCCUGCUGCUGAACGUGUCCGCUUCAUUCUGGGAGAGGAAGAUGACAGCCCAGCACCCCCGCAGCUUUUCACGGAGCUGGAUGAGCUUCUGGCCGUUGAUGGACAAGAAAUGGAAUGGAAGGAGACUGCAAGGUGGAUAAAGUUCGAGGAGAAGGUAGAACAAGGUGGGGAACGAUGGAGUAAACCUCAUGUGGCCACAUUAUCCCUGCACAGCUUGUUUGAGUUAAGGACGUGCAUAGAGAAAGGCUCAAUAAUGCUGGAUAUGGAGGCCUCUUCUCUUCCUCAGGUGGUGGAAAUGAUUGUCGACAAUCAGAUUGAGACAGGGCUCUUGAAGGCAGACAUGAAGGACAAAGUCACCUACACGCUGCUCAGGAAGCACCGGCACCAGACCAAGAAGUCCAACCUGCGCUCUCUGGCAGACAUUGGAAAGACCGUCUCCAGUGCAAGUAGGAUGUUUACCAACCCCGAUAAUGGCAGUCCAGCCAUGACUCACAGAAAUCUGACUUCCACCAGUCUGAAUGACAUCUCUGACAAGCCUGAGAAAGAUCAGUUGAAGAAUAAAUUCAUGAAGAAAUUACCCCGCGAUGCUGAGGCCUCCAAUGUGCUGGUUGGGGAGGUAGACUUCCUGGACAGUCCUUUCAUUGCCUUCGUCCGGCUGCAGCAGGCAGUUAUGUUGGGUGCUCUGACAGAAGUCCCCGUCCCUACCCGAUUUCUCUUCAUUCUACUGGGACCUAAGGGCAAAGCAAAGUCAUAUCAUGAGAUUGGCCGAGCCAUUGCUACCCUCAUGUCUGAUGAGGUGUUCCACGACAUUGCCUAUAAAGCCAAAGACAGGCAGGACCUGAUCGCUGGCAUUGAUGAGUUUCUAGAUGAAGUCAUUGUGCUCCCCCCUGGGGAAUGGGAUCCAGCUAUUAGGAUAGAGCCCCCCAAAUCUCUUCCAUCUUCAGAUAAAAGGAAAAACAUGUACUCUGGUGGAGAAAAUCUGCAGAUGAAUGGAGACACGCCUCAUGAUGGAGGACAUGGAGGUGGGGGCCACGGGGACUGCGAAGAGCUGCAGCGAACUGGCAGAUUCUGUGGUGGCUUAAUCAAAGACAUAAAGAGGAAAGCACCGUUCUUCGCCAGUGACUUCUAUGAUGCUUUAAAUAUUCAAGCCCUUUCAGCCAUUCUUUUCAUCUACCUGGCCACAGUGACCAAUGCUAUCACUUUUGGAGGACUGCUUGGUGAUGCUACGGAAAACAUGCAGGGGGUGUUGGAGAGUUUUCUGGGCACAGCAGUCACCGGAGCGAUAUUUUGCCUUUUUGCUGGCCAGCCACUCACUAUUUUAAGCAGCACGGGACCUGUCCUUGUCUUUGAACGACUUCUCUUUAAUUUCAGCAAAGACAACGAUUUUGACUACCUGGAGUUUCGUCUCUGGAUCGGCCUCUGGUCAGCCUUCCAGUGUCUCAUUCUUGUUGCUACUGAUGCCAGCUUCCUGGUCAAGUACUUCACACGCUUCACCGAAGAAGGUUUCUCCUCACUUAUUAGCUUCAUCUUCAUUUAUGAUGCUUUCAAGAAGAUGAUCAAGCUGGCAGAUUAUUACCCUAUCAACUCCGAGUUCAAGGUGGACUAUAUCACACAUUAUUCUUGUGCCUGUGAACCACUGGGUCCAGAUAAUAGCUCAUUUUUUAACAGAACAACUGUGUCAUCAGCUGAGGGGCCGUUCUAUGCUGAGAUGUACAACACCACCAUUGACUGGUCAUCUCUGACAAAGAAGGAGUGCUUGAAAUAUGGAGGACACCUUGUGGGCAACAACUGUGGAUAUGUCCCUGACAUCACCCUCAUGUCUUUCAUCCUCUUUUUUGGCACCUAUACCUGCUCCAUGGCCCUGAAGAAAUUCAAGACUAGUCGCUAUUUUCCAACCACUGCCAGGAAGCUAAUCAGUGACUUUGCCAUUAUCUUAUCCAUUUUGAUUUUCUGUGGAAUAGAUGCCCUGGUAGGUGUGGACACACCAAAACUAAUUGUGCCAAGUGAAUUCAAGCCAACCAGUCCUGAGAGGGGCUGGUUUAUACCACCUUUUGGAGGGAACCCGUGGUGGGUGUACCUGGCAGCAGCCAUCCCUGCACUGCUGGUGACUAUCCUCAUCUUCAUGGACCAGCAAAUCACAGCCGUCAUUGUCAACAGGAAAGAACACAAGCUCAAGAAAGGUGCUGGGUAUCAUUUGGAUUUGUUCUGGGUGGCCAUUCUGAUGAUUAUCUGCUCCUUUAUGGGUCUGCCCUGGUAUGUUGCUGCGACUGUGAUCUCCAUUGCUCAUAUUGACAGCUUGAAGAUGGAGACUGAAACUUCAGCCCCUGGAGAACAGCCCAAGUUUUUGGGAGUGAGGGAGCAGAGAGUCACUGGAGUCAUUGUUUUCAUUCUAACUGGUGUAUCUGUCUUUAUGGCUCCUAUCUUGAAGUUCAUUCCCAUGCCUGUGCUCUAUGGUGUCUUCCUGUACAUGGGUGUUGCAUCCCUCAAUGGCGUGCAGUUCAUGGAUCGUCUGAAGCUGCUCUUGAUGCCUCUAAAGCACCAGCCUGAUUUUAUCUAUCUGCGUCACGUCCCGCUGCGCAGGGUCCAUCUGUUCACGUUUCUGCAGGUGGUUUGCUUAGCCCUACUCUGGAUUCUCAAGUCAACUGUGGCCGCUAUCAUAUUCCCUGUCAUGAUCUUGGCACUUGUAGCAGUCAGAAAAGCCAUGGACUACCUCUUCUCCCAGCAUGACUUAAGUUUUCUUGAUGACGUCAUUCCAGAAAAGGACAAGAAAAAGAAAGAGGAUGAGAAGAAGAAGAAAAAGAAGAAGGGCAGUCUGGACAGUGACAAUGAGGAUUCUGACUGCCCCUACUCAGAAAAAGUCCCAAGUAUUAAAAUACCAAUGGACAUCAUGGAGCAGGAACCUUUCCUAAGUGAUAGCAAACCUGCCGACAAAGAAAAAUCACCAACAUUCCUUGAACGCCAUACAUCGUGCUGAUAAAAUUCCUUUUCUUCAGUCACACACUAUGCCAAGCCCUCCACGAACUCCAGUAAAAGUUGUGCCUCAAAUUAGAAUAGAACUUGAGCCUGAAGACAAUGGUUAUUUCUGGAGGAGCAAGGG